ACCUUCCUUUCGGCUUGUUGUAUACCCCAGUCUCUUCAUUCUUCCAUUCAUCUCUCCUCUUGGUUCUUUUUGCAAAGAAGACCCAAAAAUUAAUCGCAGUUCUAACUUCCAAGUCCACCUUCUUGAAAACGCCCCCCUACCACAAAAAUAUUUCACUAAACGCCCCUCUCUCCUCUCCGGCCAGCGGAUUCCGGCGCCCCACUAGAGUAGAGCGCAUCAUACGUUCCUUUGCUAGGGUUUCCCCUUCUAUCUUAUCGCUAAAGAUUUUUUUUUCCUUUUUUUUUUUUUCUGGCUUGAGCUUUCUGAAGGCAGCUAUUGCAGUCGCAGAGCCGCCGUUCUGAUUAUGAAAUGAGGGUGAUCCGGACUAGGGUUUGUGGAUAGGAAUGUUUUUUUCUUGAUUUCUUCCUCUCUUUGUUAUUGCCGCUGUUAUUUUGGUUCUCGAGAAUCGAUCGGCCAUGUCGGAUGACAUAGUCAUGCAACUGUCUUCAAAUUCUAAUCCUUCUGAUCCGUCCCUGCCGACGAAGCUAGCCAAGCUGGAGGCCCGCAUGGCCGGGAAGAGUUCUUCUUCGCUCACAAUUCAGUCAGCGUGGCAGUCUACUACUCCUCCGAUAAGGUUCCCGGAGCAAGAGGAGUUGCUCGACUCCUCAUCCUCUGAUGACGAUAACGGUGAAGAGUUCUUGAUACAACACAACACUCAGAAACGCCAGAGGCUCGAAGAUAGUGACCAUGAUGUGGAUUUGGAGCAAUCCAAGGAAAAAACAAAUGGAAGGAUGGUUGCCUUGGAGAAUUUUGAGAUUAGACGAUAUUUGGAUGAGCCAAAUAAGAGAAAGAAGGGUCGUGGAAGAGGGCGCCCAUCAGCUGGUAGGGGUCGUGGCUCAAAGACAUCAGAGCAAACAUGCUCGCUACUCACUUCCACAGAAAUCUCCUCUAAUGGCCAUCACGAGGAUCCCUUAAACAAGGAGGAAAUAUCAGUGCUACGUGGCCAAAAUGCUAGCUUGGAGGAAGAGUUAAAUAAGUCACGCCAUGAAACAUUUGAGUCUCAACAUCUUGCCCACAAAUUUGAAAAGGAACUGAAAGAACUCAAAGAACAUAACCAACAAAUGAAGAUAAAGCGAAUUAAAGUGAUAUCUGAUCUACUGAUAUCAGUCUCAAAAGCAGAGAGGCAGGAAACAAGAAUGAAAGUACGACAAGAAUCUGUUAGGCUUGGAAAUGUUGGUGUUAUCAGGACUGGAACGAUUAUUUCUGAGGCAUGGGAGGAUGGUCAAGCAUUGAAAGAUCUAAAUGCUCACCUAAAAUCAUUAUUGGAAAUGAGAGAACUUAUUGAACGGCACAGGAAAUCACUUAAAAAAAAACAACCUGACAAAGGUGAUGGAAGUGACGUGGAGACCGGCAUGUCCGAUGAAGAUCUUCUUUUACAGGAUGAGAUUUGUAAAUCUCGUUUGGCAAGCAUCAAGCGGGAGGAAGAGAGUUGUUUGAAAGAGAAGGACCGUUAUGAGCUGGAAAAGGCAAGGUUGGUACGUGAAAUGAAGCGGAUACGAGAUGAAGAUGGUUCACGUUUCAACAAUUUUCCAAUUCUCAACCAACGAUAUGCCCUCCUCAACCUUCUGGGCAAAGGUGGUUUUAGCGAGGUUUACAAGGCAUUUGAUUUGGUGGAGUAUAGAUAUGUGGCAUGUAAGCUUCAUGGUUUGAAUGGCCAGUGGAGUGAAGAGAAAAAGCAAAGUUACAUACGACAUGCAAUUCGGGAAUACAACAUACACAAGACUUUGGUGCAUCCUAAUAUUGUGCGGUUAUGGGAUAUCUUCGAGAUUGACCACAACACUUUCUGCACAGUCUUAGAAUAUUGCAGUGGCAAAGAUCUUGAUGCUGUCCUAAGGACAACGCCAAUUCUUCCCGAGAGGGAAGCUAAAAUCAUAAUUGUUCAAAUAUUUCAUGGGCUUGUCUACUUGAAUAAGAGGCCUCAAAAGAUCAUUCAUUAUGAUUUGAAACCUGGUAAUGUUCUAUUUGAUGAAGCUGGUCUUGCAAAAGUGACUGAUUUUGGCCUAAGCAAAAUAGUGGAGGAUGAUGUUGGAUCUCAGGGUAUGGAGCUUACUUCCCAAGGAGCUGGAACAUACUGGUACUUGCCUCCAGAAUGCUUUGACCUAAGCAAAACACCAUUAAUAUCUUCAAAGGUCGAUGUAUGGUCUGCUGGUGUAAUUUUAUAUCAAAUGCUUUUUGGUAAACGCCCAUUUGGGCAUAACCAGACUCAGGAGAGAAUUCUCCGCGAAGAAACUAUCAUCAAUGCUCGUAAAGUGGAUUUUCCUUUGAAGCCCUCAGUUUCAAAUGAGGCCAAGGAGCUGAUCCGUCGGUGCUUGACAUAUGAUCAAGCAGAAAGACCUGAUGUUCUGACCGUUGCUCAAGAUCCUUACCUCUCCUAUUCAAAGAGAUAGGAAUAUAAGUACAUCUGCUGAAUGAAUAUUUAAGACUGGAGCCUCUCUAGACUUUUGCUUUGGCCAGGGCUUCGAGGCUCAAGGCCAUUCUUUUGAAACAUCAAAGGGACAGUACAGAGGAGCCAUUUUGUAAAUGUUGUAAAGCUUUGUUUUCUGCUUCUCUGGUUCGGGCUCCUCCAUAAAGGGAACCUUUUCUGUGAAACAGCAUUCCGCUAAUUAAAUUAAAAUGAGGUGCCUAAAAGGAAAUUUAUAGCC